AUGUCGGUUCCGGCGAUCGCCCUGUAUGCGAGCCCCCCUAGCACCGUCUGUUCUGCAUCGCACCACGGCUGCCAGAUCGCCGCUCACGGCUCCGCCGACUACGAUCCCUUGAAUUCGAGGACCGCGCCAGCGUCCACGUCGCCCUCGCCUGCCGUCCCAAGGCCGAUUACCGGUGGACUCUCGUGUCUCUUCUCAUCGCCGUCCGUCCGUCACGCGUCCGCCUCCUCUUCAAGCUUCACGGGGGGGGACGAACUCGGUUCUCUCUGGCACGACAGAACCGAAGAGAUCGGGAGCUCAUUCUCCUACUCUUCCUACUCUUCCUACCCUUCCUGUUUCAGGCACCGGGAUCAGAGUCCCGUCUCGGUGUUCCAGGCUUCGGUGUCGUGCAGCAGCAGCAGUAGCUCAUUGGCGGUUGGGUCCUCGAGAAGUCCCCAGUCCGUGCGGGUUGCUCGCGAUUGGAGCACCUCCGAUCUGAGGGCAGGGAGGGAGAGACUUUUCAGUAGCUUUGUCCGGAACGCGCUGGGUUCAUGCCUAGACUAUGACGCACCGAGUUUCCCAAUGCCCGGCCACACCGUGCUCGACAUAGACGAUUUCUCCUUCGGCAUGGAAGAGAGCCUUGACGAGAGCUGCGAGCCAUAUGCCAAGGAAAUCCUCUCAAGGGCACAAUCUAGGCACAAGAUUUUCUAUGACGAGUUUGUGCUGAAAGCUUUCUACGAAGCCGAGAAAGCUCACCGGGGACAGGUGAUUACUCAAAUUUCUGCCAUAUUUGCUUUAGAACUUACUUUCAGCAAUGAUUGCCAUCUCCGUGAAAUAGCAUGAUCAGGGGAUUAAUGUUGUUCCUCUGGUUUCUCUCUGUGGUUGUAGAUGAGAGCAAGCGGAGAUCCAUACUUGCAGCAUUGCGUGGAGACAGCUGUUUUGCUGGCGACUGUUGGCGCUAGUCCCACGGUUGUCGCUGCUGGGCUUCUGCACGAUACCCUUGACGAUUCUUUCAUGAACUAUGACUACAUUUUCAGGACAUUCGGAGCUAAAAUUGCUGAUCUUGUUGAAGGGGUACGCCUUGCUCUGCCUUGGAAUUGUGUGGCCACGAUAUUUAGUUUGGAAUAAUCUUUCACAUUUAUGCAUGCAUUUUAGGUAACUUGAUAUUUGAGGACAGGACGGACCUUUUUGCUAGUUUUGACUCUGUUUUCCUUAAUGAGAGAAAAAACUCAUCUGCAUUUGUGAACUGGAUUGCAUCACCUUAUUUCUACGCGAGAUUGUUCAUCACAUUCAUAUGAUCAAUGGCCCAGACACCUUAUGUUUUCCUUCAUGGAUCUUAAAAUCGUACUGUUCGGACAGUUCUCCUAUCUGCUACUUUUGGUUGCAACACGAUAGUGUUCUUUCUCAACCCUUCUUCAUGGAUCUGGGAGUGGAAUUAGAUCUAAUUGGUCAUGAUGGAAUCGUGGUAUCUGUCAAUGUCUGUAUGAUUUAUCUGGGGCAGAUGUGUGGUAACGUUGACCAUCAUAAAUCUGAAAUUUGUAACAAUUUCUCUGUAUUUCUCUGGAUUUAUACAGGUAUCUAAACUGAGCCAUCUAAGCAAACUCGCUCGGGAAAACAACACUGCUAACAAAACUGUGGAAGCAGACAGACUCCAUACGAUGUUUCUUGCUAUGGCUGAUGCGAGAGCAGUGCUGAUAAAACUUGCUGACAGAUUGCACAACAUGAUGACUUUGGAUGCGCUGCCCAUGGUCAAACAACAGAGAUUUGCCAAAGAGACCUCAGAGAUAUUUGUUCCUUUGGCUAACCGGUUGGGGAUCUCCAGUUGGAAGGAGCAGCUAGAAAAUCUGUGCUUCAAGCACCUGAAUCCAGAGAAGCAUAGAGAGCUCUCUUCGAAGCUGCUCAAAUCAUUCGACGAAGCCAUGAUCUCGUCAGCUAAAGAGAGGCUAGAACGGGGUCUGAAUGAUCAGGGCAUAUCGUACCAUGACUUGUCAGGACGACACAAGAGCUUGUUCAGUGUUUACUCCAAAAUGUUAAAGUAAGCUCCUCUCUCUCUCUCUCUCUCUCUCUCUCUCUCUCUCUCUUCCAUCUCGAUCCCUCUUCCAUGUCCACCUGCAAUGACACCGUUUAUCUCGUUGCAGGAAGAAGCUGACGAUGAAUGAAAUACACGACAUUAACGGGUUACGGCUGAUCGUUGAGAACGAGGAGGAUUGUUACAAAGCGCUGGAAAUCGUUCAUACGAUAUGGCCGAAGGUCACGGGGAAGCUCAAGGAUUACAUUACGCACCCCAAAUUCAAUGGGUAUCUCCUCGCCCCGUCUUUAAUCUGGCAUUCGUUUCCCCUUUUAUGCGCAUCUGUUCACACCCAACGGUGGAUCCCACUGCAGCUAUCAGUCGCUUCACACGGUCGUCAUGGGCCACGACAUGGUCCCCCUGGAAGUCCAGAUCAGGACCAAGGAGAUGCACAUGCAGGCGGAGUUCGGUUUCGCCGCCCACUGGAGGUACAAGGAGGGCGACUCCAAGCACUCCUCCUUCGUGCUCCAGAUGGUGGAGUGGGCGAGAUGGGUCCUGACGUGGCAGUGCGAGACGAUGAGCCAAGACCGGGCGCCGUCCGUGGACGGCGCCGCCGGUUCUGUGCGGCCUCCCUGCCCCUUCCCUUCCCACUCCGACGACUGUCCAUUCUCCUACAAGCCCCAGAGCGGCUACGACGGGCCUGUCUUCAUCAUCGCGCUGGAGAACGAGAAGGUGGGUCCCCUCUGCUCCGUCUCCGUCCGUCAUCUGACCUAAAAUUCAUGAGGAGGCUCUCUCCCUCACCGAGUCGCACCGUCCCUCGGUCGCAGAUGUCUGUACAAGAAUUUCCGGCCAACUCGACGGUGGCGGAUCUGCUGGAGCGAGUGGGACGGGAGAGCUCGAAGUGCGCUCCGUACAGCUUCUCCGUUAAGGAGGAACUGAGGCCGAGGCUGAACCGCCAGCCCGUCGGCGAUCCCACCCAACGACUGAAGAUGGGGGACGUGGUGGAGCUGUCGCCGGCGAUACCUUACAGGUCGCUGACCGAGUACAGGGAGGAGAUCCAGCGCAUGUACGACCGGGGGCUCACCCUCUCCGGCAGCAGCAGCAGCAGCAACAUCAGCUGGCGGAGCUGA